AUGACUUCAUCCCCGGGGAGGGCGCCUCCCCGCCCUGCAGCUGAUUUCCGACCAGCUGGUUUGCCAGAGAGAAGUUUUCCUCGGUCUCCUCCUUUCCCACUGGUUGGCGUCACGAGUCACUUCGAAAAAAGAUGCGAUUAAUCUGUUCCCCCCUUUCCUCCAGGGAAGAGCCUUUCCCAGACGCCGUGUGUUCGCGCGAUCAGACUUGAAUACAGCCAAAAGGUUCCUGUUUAAUAGUCGCCAUUGAGGAGUAAAGGGAGCUCCGCCCGGCUGGGCUUAGGCUACGUGGGCAGGGACAGUUCGCCCAAGUGCUGCCUAGCGCUUCGGGGAGAAACGAGCGCGAGGCAGAGUAUGGUCUGGUGCACAUUUGGGUGUGUGCGCGGAGUGUGUGCGUGCAGCGGUGUGCGCGCGCGAGUACACAGGCGAGAGUGCUGGGGAGGCUACCGCAGAGGCUCCUUGGUGGAAAGGCUCCGGCUUGUUCAGAAGCCAGCUUGGAGCUUCCCCUUUGCUGGUUCCACGAGGACACCUGGCUCUUCGGCAACUGUCCGUACAUCUCCGUCCCCCGCCGCCCCUACUUCCUUAGGUGGUGGACCUCCGGGCCCCGCACAGAGCCCGGUGCAGCGAGCCAACCUCCAAGCCCCCGGGGCCCCGCGCAGGUGGAGGUGUGGAAGAUGACACACGGCACAGGGGCCGUUUUCUCUGCCUGCACACUAGCGGGUGAGCACGUAUGACACAAGUCUGAGGUUUGUGUCUGCUACCCCAGAGUCAAGAAAUUACCUCCUUGGAAGGCAACAGUACUAUGCAUGUUAUGAAUUGUGUCUCCUUGGUCGGUGAUAAAGAAAAUGGGACUACUGCCACAGCAGCUGGAUUCAUGAUUGAGCAGACGCCACCCCCCACUCCUCCUCCUCCACCACCCCCUCCGCCUCCACCAUGCCCAUCAUAUUCAGCGGAAGGGUUUUCUCCCUCCCCACCUCCCCCUCCCCCACAUCCACUCCCCGAGGGGCCUCUGGUCCCUCCUCCGCCUCCAGGACUGCCCCCCACUUCUCACGUGAAUGGCUACAGCCACAUCGGGAAGAAAAAGCGGAUGAGAAGCUUCUUUUGGAAAACCAUUCCGGAGGAGCAAGUGCGCGGCAAAACCAACAUCUGGACCUUGGCGACCAAGCAGCAGCAUCAGUACCAGAUCGAUGCGAAGACCGUUGAGGAGCUCUUCGGGCAGCAGGAGGAUGCCACCAAGCCUUCCGUUUUCCGGAGGGGAGGACCCUUGAAUUCGUCCUUCAGGGAAGCGAGAGAGGAGAUUACUGUCUUGGAUGCAAAACGGAGCAUGAACAUUGGGAUAUUUCUUAAGCAAUUUAAGAAGUCUCCUCAGUCCAUUGUAGAAGAUAUCCAUCAAGGAAAGAGUGAGCAUUAUGGAUCAGAGACAUUGCGAGAAUUUCUUAAACUUUUGCCAGAGUCAGAGGAGGUACAGAAAUUAAAAACAUUUAGUGGUGAUGUGUCCAAGCUGUCACUGGCGGACUCCUUUCUGCACUGCUUAAUUCAGGUGCCAAACUAUUCGCUUCGGAUUGAAGCCAUGGUGCUAAAAAAAGAGUUUUUACCCUCUUGUUCGUCUCUGUACAAGGAUAUAACAGUUCUAAGAACUGCUAUAAAAGAGCUAAUGUCUUGUGAGGAGCUGCAUUCCAUAUUACACUUGGUGCUACAGGCGGGAAAUAUCAUGAAUGCAGGAGGAUAUGCUGGCAACGCAGUAGGAUUUAAACUGUCUUCUUUGCUCAAAUUGGCUGACACAAAGGCCAACAAACCUGGCAUGAACCUUCUGCACUUCGUUGCACAGGAAGCCCAAAAGAAUGAUGAUGGUCUUCUCCACUUUUCUGAAAAAUUACAUCAUGUUCAGGAGGCUGCUAGAUUAUCUCUGGAUAACACGGAGGCAGAGCUGCAAUCGCUCUUUGUCAGGACGAGAUCUCUGAAGGAAAACAUCCGGCGGGACGACGAACUCUGUCAGCAGAUGCAAGAUUUCCUUCAGUUCUCUCUGGAAAAGCUGUCCGAGCUGGGACGCUGCAAACAAGAGCUCCAGGAGGAGGCCCACACCCUCAUAGACUUUUUCUGCGAAGACAAAGAAACCAUGAAACUGGAUGAAUGCCUUCAGAUAUUUCGAGACUUUUGUAUCAGAUUCAGCAAAGCGGUCAAGGACAACCACAACCGGCAGGUGCAGGAGCUGAGGCAGCUGCGGCGGAAGGAGCAGGAGCAGAAGCGGCGUUCCUGGGCGGCUGGGGAGCUCAUGGGAUUCAGCCGGAGCAGCAGCGAGAAUGACGUGGAGCUGCUGUUCAAGAAGGAUGCAGAGGACCUGCCCUCCUUCCUGCACCGCAGGCCUGUCAGCCCCUCCCACCGGCCCUCCAGCACCCGCCGCUCCCGCCUCUCCCUGGGCACCACCGCUGACCGGGAGCUGCUGACGUUCCUGGAGAGCUCUGUGGGCAGCCCCGAGGACCCCAACAAGUUCAAUAGCUUGCCCUGGAACAGCCCCCGGCAGGCCCGGCCCACGGUGGCCUGGAUGGAGUCUAGGGAUCCAAGGGACCAGGACUCCAAAUGCACACACAGGCCUCCGGCCUCGGAGGGCCGGGCAGGAGCCCCUGACCCACCCUCAGCUGUGUGUGGCCAGCUCCUCGUCCCCCAGGUUGAGGAGCCUGCUCCGGUUUUGCUUCGACCUCGGCGCAGCAGACUCAGCGUGCCCCAAAAGAGGAACAGUGAGCCUGUGGGCCUGGCGUCUCUCUGGUCCCCUCCACUGUCGCCUCUGACUCUGGAAAUUAAGGAGCAUGAGCUGGUGACUGGGCUGGCCCAGUUUGAGGUUCAGGUUCCCAAGGACCCAGAGGAGACACCCCAGCAGAACCUGUCCGACUUCAGCCCAGUGGAACCGGUGUCUUCAGAGGAUGGGGCCCUGCAGCCCCUCGACACCGGUGCUGGGGCUGGCGCUGGUGACGGCAGCCUGAUGUUUGCGGACGCGGGGGCCCAGGGUGGUCUCAGUCCAGCCCUGGAGGGUGACGGGCCUGUCCCUGAGGAGCCCAGCAUCAAUCCAGAGAACAAAGACCCUGGGCCUCUGUCCUGCAUCUCUGAUAUCACCGAUUGCUCGCUGACCUUGGACUGCUCGGAGGAAACCAACUCCAGACCCGGCGGUGGGGAGGCAGGGGAGAGGGGCGAGGAGGAUGGCUCUGUGUCCUCCGGGGUAGGGGAGACAAGUGGUAGCCAAGUGUCCUCUAACCCCGUCUCCAGCCCCCCUGAGGAGACCCCUGCUCUCGCCUCUGCUAAGAGUGGGCCCGGUGGCAAGGGUGGUCUUUCCAGAGACAGAUCCUAUAAAGGGAAGGAUGGGGUGGCAAUAAAGAGGAACUCCCUCAAAGAGGCGUCCCAGGGAGCGCCCAAGCCCGGGACUGCCCCACGAGGCCAGGGGGCGGUGCCCAAGCCCGUGCGCACCCUGACGUCCUCGGAGAGUGAGAGCAUGCGCAAAGUCGUGCACAUCUCCAAGGCCAGCAGGGGCUCCUCGGGCUGGAAGCAGCCCCCUCGGGAGCCGCCCAGCAGCAGCGGCACAGACGCGCCGUGGUCCCGCCGGAACUCUGUGAAGGGUACCUCGGACACGUCGCCCAAGAGGUCCUCGAAGGGGCCUGGGGAGGUGACCGAGGAGCAGAAGCCGCUGCCGCGAGCGAGGCUGGGCUCCGGCAGCACCCGGCCGGGGAAGGAGCCCACCCCGCAGCCCAGGGGCUCCCUCAAGAAGCCCAGCGCCAAGCCCCUCCGGAACGUCCCCCGGCAGAAGUCCGAAGAAAACAAGAUCUGCCGCUCCAGCUCCCCGGGCCCCGAGAGCCCGGAAGAAGAGCCCAAGCCCCCUCUGCCCACGCCUGGCGCGCCCCACGUGCCGAGCUUUGCCCGAAACACAGUGGCCUCCUCGUCUCGGUGCAUAAAAACAGACUCCCUCCCUGUGAACAAGGCCCCCGGCCUCACUCGGGCAGUGUCGCACCGGCAGCUGAGGGUGAAGAGCGGCUCCGACGACGCGGGCUCCAAGGAGAGUGGCACCUUGCGGCGAGCCAGCAGCACCCGGGCCAGCAGCACCCGGGCCUCCAGGAAGUGCCCCGAGUCUCCCGAGGGUCCCAGUGCCAACACCGAGUCCCCUCUGAAGGGCAGAGGGGCUGGGGAGAGGGCCUCCUUCAGACAGAAAGACUCCAGCCGGACCACACUGGGGAAAAUCCUCAAUCCCUUGUGGAAGUGACACGUGCCUGCGCCCUCUCCUCUCGGGGUGUCCACGAGGACUGGCUGCUGUGGGAGGCCAGCACCCCAUGCCUCCGUUCCACAGCGCGUGAAUCACUGGUGCCACCUGCUAACGCUCAUGUCGUUGGCCAUACCACCUUCCAGUGGACUGCAGCCUGCUGUCAAGUCCCCGGUCUCGGUGCCCCGUCUUGGAACGCCUUCCUCCGCACACACGCCUCAGGCUGUGCACGCGCACCCUCUCCCCCAGACAAAGGCCCCGUGAAAGACUGGGGCGUGUAAGGUGACAUUCUUAUGUAAUGAGCAAAAAAGGAAUUUUGGCCAGUUUUUAUAGAUCAAAGGCUUAUUUUUUAAUAUAAAAAUUCAGUGUUUUAGUUGGUUCCUUUUGCAGAGCGAAUGCCUCCUGGAGGGGAAGAAGGCAGAAGAGAGACCCCUUUGUAUGAAGAUGUUUUUAUCUUCCUGUGCACCCCGGCCUCAGGGUUCCACCUGCCCACCCGCCGUCCAUUGCUGGCAACUGGACUUCCCCACAAGCCCUUGGUGUUCUGGGGUUGGCACCACGUCCUGGAAGACUCUGCCUUGCUCACCUCUGCCUGCGUGACUCUGGGUGAGGGUUUGUGUGUGAGCGGGAGGGAAAGUGAGACCUCUGGACAGAGCCUGGUGCUCCUGCGAGCCCCGGGGGCUGUGGGACGUGCACUCAAGGGCCCACAUGGCUGCAGGGCCAGCCUUCCUGCAGGCAGGUGGCAGCCCCGGGGAGAAUGCCGGACCUUUCAGAAUUGAGAAGACAUCGAGGGCUGUUCAGCCGGUCACACCUUUCCCGUUCCUUGUUUUCCUGUCCGUGUAUUAUCUGUUGUACAACCGAUGAAAGCUGCUAUGACUUGUGGUCGCUGCAGGUGCAGGUGAGGAUGAACCUGCCUGUCUCCCAGUCCUCUUCGCCGGCUCCCGGCCGUUCCCCCUUUUUGGACAUGACCUGGAUGCUGGGGGCUCUCCGUCUGUCUGAACCGCGAUCCUUUUAAAUGUGGGCAUCUGUUCUUUGGUGCAGUGGUUUUGAAAUCUGGAGAAAAACCAAAUCAAGUUUUUAAAAACAGACUAGAAAAAUGAAAUUACUUUCAGAAGAAUUUAUAUCAUCAGGAAAAAUGAGGCUUAGGGAAAAAGGCCUCGUUCAAAAGAAAGGGGGAAAUGUGUACUUUUUCUACCCAGGGCCCACUUCACAACUUCUCCCUGAGACUAGUAGGGAAGUGGGGGGGGGGGGGGAGUGACUGGAGCUUUUUGGGUUUCUACUCUUGGUCACUUGUUAGUGUAAACCGCAUUUCAGAUCCAACGGUGGUAGGUGGGUUUGGGCAUAUUACACUCUUUCCUGUACGACUUUGCCUUCCAACCAAAUUAACUGGAAACUCAACUUGGGCGAGUCAGCUAAACUGAAAGGGUAAACUUUAUGGUUGAAGAAGAAGGCACCUGACCACACAGCCUCUUGUAAAAAUAGCCCCAGUGGGUGUUUCCAGGGCUCUGCCGAGAUGGGUGAUGGGAACCCCGGGCUGUGUUCCACCAUGCAGGCGCCAGCAUCCAGAACAUAGGGCCCAUGGGGGGAUGGGGGAUGGAUAGAAGAGAGAAAAAGCUCGUGGCUCUGUGGGUAAUGAGAGUCAGGACUCCUAGGUGAGACCCAAAGGGCCAGGAUUCGAGUCCCUGUUCCACCGCUGAUACUAUGUGACUUGGGCAGGCCACUCCCUCUCUCUGAGCCUGUUGCCCCGCCUGCAGAGGUCCGGGCAUGGGCUCCUGACGGGUCUCCAGGGGUCCUAGCUCCAACAGUCCGAGUCAUCGUAAACAACCAAGCACCCCUCCCUGCCCUCAGAAGCAGCCCCCAGCACCUCCACAGCAGGGGACUCGCUCAAGGCCUGGUCAGAAGAAAGCACCUCCAGAACAAGUUGUUGCUCUGAAAUCUAAUAACCUGGGAAGUGGUGUUUUGUUUUGCUUAGCCCUGUGGACAACUUCUGUAUUUGCAUCUGUGCGAGCAGGUGAUCAUUCUAUUACCUUUUAUCGGUAGUAAGCUUGGAAAAAUAAUUUAAGUAUAUACUGGAGAAAUGUAAAUAAGUUUCUAUAUAAAAUUGUUUAAGAUGAACUGAAUGUAUUUAAAGGUCCAUUUAUACGUUCUUUUACGUAACACGUAGUUGAAUAAAGCUCCUGUUUAUGGGA